AUGACCAGUGAAGACACUUACUGGUUUCCAGUCUUAGGAUCAGGAGCAUUAUUAGGAUUGUAUCUUGUGUUCAAGUACCUGAACAAAGACUUCAUCAAUGCCCUGUUUGCCGGAUAUUUCUUGCUGGUGGGUUCGGGAGCGCUAGCAACAAUGUUGGUGACGAUCACCAAGACAAAUCUUGGCCCGACGACCUGGGCAAAACAGACAAAAUACAAGUUCAGAUUGACCCGGAACACAGCGGAUGUCUUGUUCAGUCUCCGGUUCACCAACUGGCACAUCGGCUUCAUUGCCAUCUCUGUAAUCCUCUCCGCGGUCAAGUGGUACACCAAACAAUAG